CAGUAGUUGAGAAGGGGCUGGAAUCCGAUUGCGUCGGAUGUUUUUCGUGUUAUGAGCUGAGCGUCCGCAGCGGGGACGUGAGGAGGUGUUUUUCUUUUUUAGUCGUCGGUAACGUAUCACUCCCCCCCCCGUGGCCUAAAUUUAACAUUUGAAUGCUAUCGGCCAGCUGAGAGAAGGCGCUUUCUCCGCCGCAUGCACGACCAGAGGAGCUGGGAGACCACCAGGAGCAUGGACUUACACAUCCUGGACCACAGGCUGCGGGUCACCAGCAUAGCCAAGAACGGGCUGGUGAACUUCACACACCCCCUGAUCAAGCUGAUAUUCCUCCGGAACAGGACACGGUGUAAGUUUUUCAGCCUGACAGAGACACCUGAGAACUACACGGUCGUCCUUGACGAGGAGGGAUUCAAAGAGCUGCCGCCCUCGGAGCACCUCCAAGUAGAGAGCUCCAUCUGGCUGCCACUCAACGUGGUCUCCAACGGCAACGCCUCCAGCAGCUCACAGGCUGUCGGCGUGACCAAAAUCGCCAAGUCGGUCAUCGCCCCGCUGGCCCAGCAGCACGUCUCCGUCUUCAUGCUCUCCACUUAUCAGACCGACUUCAUCCUGGUGAGAGAGAAGGACCUGUCUGUAGUCAUCAGCACUCUGGAGGAGGAGUUCAGCAUCUACAAGGAGGUGGGAGGAGAGUCUGUUCCCGUGCACUGCCAGCACGAAUCCAACGGCCUCCAGAAGAACGGCAAAGACGCCAUCCAGCCCACAGUUCACCCAGUGCUGAUCCCCCAGAACCACUUCUGCGUCAUGUCCCUGGACCCGGACACGCUGCCGUCCAUCGCCACCACGCUCAUCGACGUCCUCUUCUACUCCAGCAGUCCUAAAGAAGACACGCAGUCGUCUCCUCCGGGUCAGGAUUUGGAUUGCAUCAAGUUCUUCUCCUUCUCCCUGAUCGAUGGAUACAUCUCACUGGUGAUGGACACUGAAGCUCAGAGACAGUUCCCCGCUCAUCUUCUCUUCACCAGUUCGUCUGGGGAGCUGUGGAGAAUGGUUCGUAUCGGGGGACAACCCCUGGGCUUCGAUGAAUGUGGCAUAGUCGCCCAGAUAUCUCAGCCUCUCGCAGACAGUGACAUCUCUGCCUAUUACAUCAGCACCUUCAGCUUCGACCACGCUCUGGUCCCAGAGGAGGAUAUCGUGAGCGUGACAGACAUGCUCCGCCACCAGAGGAAAGAACCGGCCGCCAGCUGAUUCCUGAAGAUCCUCAGACCGAGCUGGUGGAUCCUGGCUCGUACCACAAUCCCACGGUGGCUAGUGGCGGCCGGGAUUUGCUGGGGAAUAGGUCAGCAUGAAGGCAAAGGAAAGGAAAGGAGACUAACCUUGUGCCUAGAUUAGCACUGCAUCGCCAGCAGUAUUAACUAUUACCGAUUUGCCAUGAACACCGGAAGCGCUUUCUUACCGUGUGUGAACACAAAAAUUUGUACCUGUGAGGUUACCGGUCUUACCUCUCCGGUGCAGGAUGCGGAGUCCCGGUUGGGCCAAAAAAGCACACACGAUGCACAACGCGGUGCACAAAUAAAUUCACAGUCAAAUUCUCAAGCAGAAAUUCAGACGUAAACAUGUACGAUAGACUCUUUCUCUGUAAUACCGACUUGAGAUCUGUGUUUGUGGCCUGAAGUUGAAUUAUUAAAAACAUUAUUUUUGCUGGAUACACAGCAGAAGACAGUCGCAUACAUCUUGACAGUGUUAUAAACACACAACUUAGUCUUCCAGUAAUGUUUGUAUCUUAACACCGUGUGUCUAAACAACUUUAUAUUCGAUCCGAGGCCAUUUGCAAUUUUUUCUGUGUGUGAAACUGAAAGCGUGUGUGUGUGUGUGUGUGUGUGUGUGUGUGUGUGCUUGAGAGGCCAUUGUGCGAGAGUACUUGCAAAUCAUCCCUUGCAAAAAAAAAAAAAAACUGAGAGUUUUGGUUUCUGGGCUCCGUCACUGGUUUCAGAAGAAUGUUUAGAUUCUUGUGUAUUAGCUCGACUGCAAAUGCGCUAGGAGUGGUUUGUGUUGUUUUCUUUUUUUAACAAGAGGUCAUCAUUUCUUAACAGCAUUACCCAAGGUCAUUAACACUAUCUCUUAUUUUUUGUUAUUUGCACAAUAAACUUUUAAUUUAGCUAA